GCCAGACAUAUGCCGGAGCUACCGCGUGGCGGAGAUGAGUUGGCACAAGACGAACAGGUCUACAGCAGAAGGAAACAGCUGGAAGAUUAUCUGAACAAGCUACUAAGGAUGGCCAUGUACAGGAAAUACUACCAUACUAUGGAGUUUAUAGACGUCAGCCAGAUGUCCUUCAUCCAUGACCUGGGACCUAAAGGACUGGAGGGGAUGAUACACAAGCGUUCUGGAGGUCAUCGUAUCCCAGGCUUGAACUGCUGUGGUCACAGUGAAGUCUGCUACCGCUGGUCUAAACGCUGGUUGGUGGUGAAGGAUUCGUUCCUCUUCUACAUGAAGCCAGACUCAGGAGCCAUUUCCUUUGUUCUCCUGUUGGACAAAGAGUUCAGCGUCAAAAUGGACUCCAAAGACACAGAGACCAAAUACGGAGUACGCAUCGACAGCUCUCCUUAGUGCCUUGUACUGAAGUUGAACAGCUACAGACAUGCUCGGUGGUGGGGCCAGGCGAUAGAAGACUUUGUCCGUAAACACGAGGCGUUUCUACGAGACCAUCGAUUUAUUGGUUCCUUUUGCCCAGAGGAGCAGAACAUCCCUGCCAAAUGGUAUGUGAAUGGGAAGACCUACAUGGAGGACGUAGCCGAUGCUCUGGAAGAAGCUAAAGAAGAGAUCUUCAUCACUGACUGGUGGUUGAGUCCAGAGAUCUUCCUGAAGAGGCCAGUUGUGGAGGGAAACAAAUGGAGACUGGACUGCAUCCUCAAACGCAAAGCACAACAGGGGGUUCAUAUCUUUGUGAUGCUGUAUAAGGAGGUGGAGCUAGCUCUGGGCAUCAACAGUGAAUACAGCAAGAGAACACUAAUGCACCUGCACCCCAACAUCAAGGUGAUGCGCCACCCGGACCAUGUGUCGUCGUCUGUCUACCUGUGGGCGCAUCAUGAGAAGAUCAUCGUCAUCGACCAAUCAGUGGCCUUCGUUGGCGGGAUCGACCUGGCGUACGGUCGCUGGGACGACCGAGAGCAUCGCCUGACAGAUGUGGGGAGUGUGACACGCUCUGUUGCCCUGGAGAUGGAGCAGUCUCAGAGCUCUGCCCACCAUCCCUCCAGUAGGGGAGUGUCCUCUACUGAUGGUGCCACAAAUAGCAAUGGAGGCAACCAAUCACUGCCUGGCAACCCAGGGGUGGAGCUUCCACGACUGAAGGGGAUUGGUCGAACCAGGAGGAUGCACUUCUCCCUGGUCAAACACCUCCACAAACACACUCUGCAGCAUGCAGACAGCAUCAGCUCCUUGGACAGCGCUGGCAGUGGUUCAGUGCGGAGCCUCCAGACAGGUGUAGGAGAGCUGAGGGGUAACACCAGGUUUUGGCAUGGAAAAGACUACUGCAACUUUGUCUACAAGGACUGGAUACAGCUGGAGAAACCCUUCGAUGACUUCAUUGACAGGUACACCACUCCCAGGAUGCCGUGGCAUGACAUCUCCUCUGUGGUCCAUGGGAAAGCUGCGAGGGACGUGGCCAGACACUUCAUACAGCGCUGGAACUUCUGUAAGAUAAUGAAGCCUAAGUAUCAUUCUCUCUCCUACCCGUACCUUCUGCCCAAGUCUCACAACAGUGCCAGCGAGCUGAGGUACCAGGUGCCCGACUGUGUUCCCACUAGAGUACAGGUGUUGCGGUCAGCAGCUGACUGGUCAGCAGGUAUUAAGUAUCAUGAGGAGUCCAUCCACAACGCCUACCUCCAGACUAUCGCCAGGAGCAAGCACUUCAUCUACAUAGAGAACCAGUUUUUCAUCAGUUGUUCUGACAACAAGAUGGUCUAUAACAAGAUCGGAGAAGCGCUCAUCGAGAGGAUCCUCAGAGCUCACAAGGAAGGCAAGAAGUUCCGUGUGUACGUGGUGACUCCACUACUUCCUGGGUUUGAAGGUGACAUCACAACAGGGGGAGGAAACGCACUCCAGGCCGUCAUGCACUUCAACUACAGGACCAUGAUCAGAGGUGAAUACUCCAUCAUCUCCCAGCUGAAGAAAGAAAUGGAUGAGCUCCAGUGGAUGAACUACAUCUCGUUCUGUGGUCUGAGGACCCACGCUGAGCUGGAGGGACGCCUGGUCACAGAGCUCGUCUACGUCCACAGCAAGAUGCUCAUCGCAGACGACAACACCGUCAUCAUAGGUUCGGCCAACAUCAACGACCGCAGCAUGUUGGGGAAGCGUGACAGCGAGGUGGCGGUGAUCAUUGAGGACUCUGAGACCGUUACCUCGGUGAUGGACGGACUUGAGUACCAGGCUGGACGCUACGCACUGGCGCUACGUCUAGAGUGCUUCAGGACUGUCCUUGGAGCUCAUAUGGACACGACCAUAGAUGUGUCUGACCCUGUCUCUGACCGCUUCUAUAAGGAUGUCUGGAUGACCACCGCUGGACGCAAUGCAACCAUCUAUGAGAAGGUGUUCCGGUGCCUGCCGUCCUCCCUGGUUCGUAACAUGUCUGAGUUAGAGAGUUACCAGACGAACCCAGGCCUGGCCCAGUCUGACGCAGGUAAAGCCCAGGAGGAGCUAAGGAGGAUCAGAGGGUUCCUGGUUCAAUUCCCUCUGGACUUCCUCUCAGAACAGAACCUAAUGCCUUCUGUUGGGACCAAGGAGGGCAUGGUGCCUACUGAGAUCUGGACCUAGAGGACUAGAUACACACACACACACACACACACACACACACACACACACACACACACACACACACACACACACACACACACA